AUGAGCUCUGGAGACGAAAGUUCUACAAGCCAGACGAUACCUCGUCCUGCCAGUCGUCGAGGUCGCCCAAAAAAACGACCUCGCCCGCCUUCGCGCAAGAAACAAUCUCAACCCAUGGUCACGAUUGAAUCGGUAGACAUUUCGGCGAUGGAUAUAUCUAUGGAUUCGACACCUCUAAUAGCGUCGUCUCCGUAUGCAGAGGCGAGUGCAGAAGAUAAUGAUAGCACACCCGUGUCCACUCCGGUCAAGCGAAAACCGGGUCGACCGAGAAGAGAACAAAUCAAACGACGCAAGAAGGAGAACGGAAGAAUUGAUAGAAAAGGCAAUAUGGAAGAGGGUAUGGAUGAAGACGAAGAGGUAGAAAGGAAGAAUAGUGAAGAGGGAUUCAAAGAGAAUAUUGUUCUUGGUGAGAAGAGGUUUGGUGUUGAAAAGGGCAGGGGUAGAGAGAAAGAGAAAAAUAGAGAAAAGGGUAAAAUAGAGAAAGACAAAGAUGGUAAUAGAGAUAAUAAUGCGACAGUUGAUAGUAAUAAACGUGCGGAAUUGACGGAUAAGAGUGCAGAUAAGACAACGGAAGGCUCGGUGGCAACUAAAGAUACGGAAGAUGAGAAGGGUGAACAAAAGAUCACGAGAGAUGGACUUUUAUUAGGAG